AUGGCAUAAUCUUCAAAGAAUUGUCUAAAUUGCAAUAAAGAAAAAAUCAAAUAUUGGGUUAUGAAUCCUUCUUCUAAGAUCAAUAAAGUAUGUGAGGGAUGCAAAAUUAGAUUUUAAAAUAUAAUCGAUGUCUCAACUACAUAAAAAUUAAAACAUUAAAUGGAAAUUUGGAUUAGAUAUAUCAUGAAAGAAAUUAUUAUAAUUUCACAAAGAAUUUUUAAUUUUAAAAAUAAUUGGAUAGAAAAAUUAAAAGAAUUUGAAAAAUCAGAAGGAAACGAAAAUUAUGAAAUUCAUUUUUAUGAUUCAUACGCUGAAUUUUUAUAACUUAAGUCUAAAAUAAAAAAAGCCUUAUUAAAUUUAAAUAAUGAAUUAAAUAAUAAUAACUUCCCUCAAUCUGAUCUCCAAUCAAAUUAUUCUGAAAAUGAUUUAAAAAAAUGUAAUAAUUAUAAAUAUUUUAGGCAAAAAUUUAUUAUAAAAAAAAGAAAUUUUCUAAGCUUAAAAAAAGCUUUUAGCUUUAGAUACUUAUGAUGCAAAGUAUUUUUAAAGUAUUUAAUUUAAAAUAAUCUUAAGUUGAGUGUUUAAUACUCUAAAAAAAUUUGGAUGAAGCUUAUAAAUAGUCUGAAUAAAUUAUAAAUGAGACCAAAAUAGAUUAAGUUAAAAAAAUAAAUAAAGAAUAAAAAUUUAAUCUACUUUUAUAAAAAGGUUGAUUAAAAUUCUAAUUUUUAGCUAAAAUCUGUCAUAAAAAGGGAUUAUUUUUACAAGCUUUACAUAUGUUGAACCAAAUUAUUAGAGAAGGAGUUUAAAAUCAAAAUGAUACAGAUAGAGUAUAAUUGUAAAUAGGUAACUGUUAUUUAAAAUAGAAGCAAAAACAUUCAUGAAAUGUGGAAAUUUUGACUUAGGAUUUUCUAGACUCGAAACACUCGAAAAAGAAAAAGAAAAAGAUAAAUAGAGUAAGGAAAAUAAAUAUGAGUGUUACAAUUAUCCAUUUAGCUUGACAUAUGGUGAUUCUAUACAAUUUAUUAUAAUAGCUAAAGCAUUAUAAUUGUAACCAGAAAUUCAUCCUGAUUAAGAUUACUUUAGUAAUGAUGAAUCUGUACAAUCAGACAACAGAAGAGAAAGCCAAGUUUUAAAUUAAAGUUAAAUUUAAAAUUAAAAUUAAAAUUACAAUUACGGAUCUGGAAUUAUGGAGAAGAAGGAAAAAAAAUAUCAAGAAAUCAAGUAGCCAUUAUAAAUAAUAAUGAUAGAAAAAUAUAUGAUGAAAUUUUAUAAGAGGAUCCUUCAGAUUAGAAAGCUUUAUAUGGAUUAAGUAUUUUUUAUUUAAUAUUAGGUUAAAUUUAUAUAAAAUUAGAAGAAUAUUCUUUAGCUCAAGAUGUUUUGUAUGAACUCUAUUAAUUGAAUCCUUCAUACAAAAAGCAGGUAAAAAAAUUUAGAUAUAAUUUAGAAAUCGGAUUGUUAUAUUGCAAAUAAAAAAUGGAAGUAAAAUAUGAACAAACUGAUUAACAAUAUAGUGGGUGCUUUGGACGUUUUUUAAAUUGUUUAACAAAAAUAGGACAUUGAAUCUAAUGAAUAUUAUUAUCAUUUAAAAUAGAACAUUAUAUCAUUAUAUCUGUAAUAUUGA